AUGAACAACUCCUUGAUCGAAUCCAAGUUCCUCUCCCACCCAGAAGACCUCGGCAUCGUCGCCGUCGGCUUCUCCGGCGGGCAAGGCAAAGCCGGCGUCGACACCGGCCCAACAGAGCUGAUCGAGUCCGGGCUCCUGACCCAAGUCCGUGAUGAACUCGGCUACAACCUCCACGGCCACACCACCGUCGACCAGUACACCGACCUCGUCCCCGCCGACGACCCCCCGCACCGCGGCAUGAAAAACCCGCGCGCCGUGUCGGCCGUCACCCGUCGUAUCGCAGACCAGGUGUACGAGCAGGCACGCGAGGGCCGGCUGGUGCUGACGCUCGGCGGGGACCACAGCAUCGCGAUUGGGACGUUGGCAGGCAGCGCCAGGGCUACGCGUGAGCGGUUGGGCAGGGAGAUUGCGGUGAUUUGGGUGGAUGCGCAUGCGGAUAUUAACACGCCGGAGACGAGUGAUAGUGGGAAUGUGCAUGGCAUGCCGGUGGCGUUUGCGACGGGCUUGGCGAAGGGGGAUAAGGAGGAGUUUUUUGGGUGGUUGAAGGAUGAGCAUCGGGUUAGUGUUAAGAAGCUGGUGUAUAUUGGCCUGCGGGAUGUGGAUUCGGGGGAGAAGAAGAUUUUGAGGGAGAAUGGCAUCAAGGCGUUUAGCAUGUUUGACAUUGACAAGCACGGCAUCGGCCGCGUGAUGGAGAUGGCGCUCGCCCACAUCGGCAACGACACGCCCAUCCACCUGUCCUUCGACGUCGACGCUCUCGACCCCAUGUGGGCGCCCUCGACCGGUACCCCAGUGCGCGGCGGUCUGACGCUGCGCGAGGGCGACUUCAUCUGCGAGUCGGUCCACGCGACCGGCAGCCUUGUCGCGGUGGACUUGGUCGAGGUCAACCCGCGCCUGGCGGCUGAUGUGGAAGGGGCUGCGCGCGAGACGAUUCGUGCGGGCUGCUCGCUUGUGCGCGGCUCGCUCGUCUACGAGGAGCGCCGCGUCAUCGAGCGCGUGCACAAAUACCAUUGGCCCGCUGUGCAGCUCAACCUGUGGAUGCUCAUCAUGAUGGUUGCGUCGUGUCUGAUCAUUGGCGUGUUUGCGGCGUUUAUUGAUAUCCAGAAUACUCUGGAGCUGCCAAUACCAUGGUACUUCCCCUACUACAUAACCGUCUCGGCCCUCACAGUCUCCUUCAUCCUCCUCCUCCUCUGGCUCAUCUUCCGCCGGCGCCUGCUCCCCUCCAUCGUCAUGAUCGGCGGUUUCAUCCUCUUCGUGCUCUGGCUCGUCGGCCUGGUCGUCAUCUCCAUCCAGCUGUGGGGGCCCUCCGGGUCGGUCAGCUCGAACUGCAACCUGUGGGUGUUUGGGGCGGACCCGGCGCCGACGGGCCAGACGCUGCAGACGCUGGCGUGGCUGGAACAGCGCGGGAUUUGCCAGAGCUGGCAGGCCGUGUUUGCUUUUGGGUUGGUGGGGGCGAUCUUUUUGUUGUGGAUUAUGGUUAUGGCUUAUCAGGUUUUUGCUGAUGAUGCGUAA